AUAUAUAAGGAAAGAAAUCAGCAACAUCAUGUCAUUGGAGGCGGGGUCCGUACUUGAGCUUCUUUUGUUGUUUAAACUAGGAGGGAACAAAAAGAAUUACAGGUGGAUUAUGAGAUUACCCUUUAUUCCUCCAUCUAGCUAUGUUUCUAUCAUCGCUCUUUGUCCAAUAUGCUUAGUAAGCAAACUUCAACCAGAAGACAAACCCCUUCUCUGCUUUGAGUAGCUACAUCCACAUCAGAAACUCUGAAAAUGUAGAAAAGGCCAGAAGCACAGCUCAUCAACUAGUUGGCAAACCAUCAACCAAACAAAUCCAACCUAUCCCCAUAUAUCUCCAUAUACAACAUCAACUCCCCCAAACAACAUGACAUCCCGGAAGCCAACCCCCGCACCCAAUACAAAAUCAGACAUCCAAUGGCUAAUAGACUUGGGCUACCUCAACGGUUUCCACGACUUCAUGCACGAUUACGGAUUUAUAGAUGAUGAGCAAGAUCGUCGUGAUGCUUUAAGUCUCUUUAGACAAUUCCGCAAUGAACAACAAGAAGCAUGGGAGAAGACGCAUCAUGAAGAGUUGAAAUCCGAGACGCUAAUUGAAAGUUCACGCACCUAUUCGAGAACGAGUAUGUCAAUAUAUUCAUCAAGUGAGCAUAGUGUUUCGAAGAAAGGCAAGGGUACUAGUACUAGUACUGUUAAGGGGAGUAAGGCAUAAAAGUAGGAAUCGAUACUCUCCAUCUCCUGAAAAAUUCUAGGAUAAGUGGCGGAAAGCAUAGGGGGAAUUGUACACAUGGCGCUUGUAUGAUGUGUGGGAAUCGGAAAGGCGAGUGAGGAUAGAUCUGAGGGGUAAAUACGAACUUUUGAAUCUAUUGAGAUAUGGGGGUAGCAAUCCGAGGGAAUGAAUGGAAUAGGAUUUCAUUUCGACUGGAGGGAUAUACAAACAU